AUGGAGCAACAAAUAGUUCAGCUCCUCCACGACACCCAGUCGCCCAACGUUGCUCCUCGUCGCAAUGCCGAGCUGCACCUUCGCCAGCUUUACACGGAUCCAACCUUCGCUCCCACCCUGAUCGCCGUCGCUACACACCAGUCCAUCGACCUACCCACCCGUCAAGCUGCUUUGCUAUUCCUCAAGCACUUUGUCCAGCAAGUAUGGUCUCCUCAGUUCGAAGAGUUCAAGGGCGAGAUGCUUGUCUCGGUUGAAGACCGUGCCAAGCUCAGACAAGCUCUACUCGACUUGGCCACAGACGCCCACCAGGAAAGAAAGAUCAAGAGUGCUGCUUCCAUUGUUGUCAGCAAGAUCGCUACCGCUGACUUCCCCGACGAAUACCCAAACCUCCUUCCUACACUACUGCACAUCAUCAACAACGGCCAGGACGCUCAACUACAUGGCGCCCUCAAGGUCCUUCAAGACUUGAUCGACGACUGCUUCAACGACGACCAGUUCUUCAACGUUGCCAACCAGAUCGUCUCGUCCGUCUUUGCUGUAGCCACCAGCUCUCGUCCCACAAUCCUCCGCGCUCUGGCUGUCUCGGUCUUCCGAUCAUGCUUCGACAUGCUGGAAAUGGUCAUGGAGGACCACAAGACUGCUGUCAAGUCGUUUGCCGAAGAGACUCUCAACAACUGGUACCCCUUCUUCCUCGCUACCUUGAACAUGCCCCUGCCACAUGUUCCCGUCGAGCAAGAAAAGUCCCAAAACCCAGUCGCCGAGGAAUAUCGUGGCAUAGUUGCUCUCAAGCUUCAGGUGGCCAAGGUCCUGAUGCGUGUUCGCUCUAUCUUCCCCUCGGUCCUGGCGCCCCAAGCUCCCGCUCUCUUCGCUGCCACAUGGCAAGAACUCAACAAUCUGCGUCAGUCAUACCACGAAUCCUUCAUUCUCAAUGAUCGCCAAGGCAGACUCGAGGAUGCGGAUGGUCUACCAUUCACUCUCGACUUCCUGGUGCUUGAGGAGCUGGACUUCAUGCAGGCCUGUCUUCGUGCAGCCCCCGUCCGCAAGCAACUCGAAGAGCAGCUGCAAUCACAGUCCAUGCCAGACACUUGGGUUACCGAAGUCAUGAAGCUGACUGUCACAUAUGCACACAUCACUACCGAAGAGGAGGGUUUGUGGGAUAUCGAUCUCAACAUCUUCUUGGCUGAGGAGUCGAAUGUCACUGCAAACUACACUCCGCGCACAGCCUGUGCUGAUCUGGCCAUCAAACUUGGCGAGUGGCAGAGCGCUGCUACCAUAGAAGGUCUCCUGCACCACGCCCGUGAGCUCUACUCAACCGACUCCAGCUGGAAGGCAAAGGAGGCUGCUCUCUUCAUUCUCAAUCAACUCUUGACCGACUUUUCUGAUGCCGAGCGACCGAUAGCUCCAGAGAUUGCCAGCGCGUACACAGACUUUGUCAGAUAUGCUAUGCAGCAGGAACAUGUCUUCUUACGAGCUCGAGGCCACCUGACCGCUAGCAGCUUGGUCCGCACUGCUGGUACUGCUCUUGGUGGUGUAGCUUCGUCGCUCAUGGAGCAGUCGCUACAUGCAAUCACCAACGAUCCUUCUGACGUGGUCAAGGUGUCUUGUAUCCGUUCCAUGCAAGCAUACCUCAGUGGUGUCGCCUCUGCCAACAAUGUCUCGAUGCAACCUGCCAUCAUCAGUGCCAUCCAUACCUUUGUCACUGAACUCGAUUUCAGCGAUAUGGACGAGUCUGAAGAUGUCAUGAUUGCCAUUGUUGAGACACUGCGUGAUGUUAUUAUGAUUGACACCCGAAUCUGCUUGACCGGUUCCGGCUUGGACGUCCUCUUUACCAUCGCCAGCUGGUGUGCUGUCAACUAUCAAAUCUACAUUCUCAUAGCAGAAACUUUUGAGGAUAUUGCCGAGACUCUAUCGGAAGCCGGUCCGGAUGUCUACACACAACUCUGCGCCAAAGUCUUGCCUUCCUUGUCUGGAGCGUUUGACGUCGCCAACCUUACUGACGAAAACUCGUUGACCAACCUCGCGGCAGACAUGCUUUCUGAUCUUGCACAGAACGGUCCAUCGCCACUCCCCCAAGGUUUCAUCGUCACAAUCAUGCCCAAACUCACGCGUCUUCUCCUCGAAUCUCCUGACGAAGAGUUGCUUAAGUCAGCGACCUGUGCUACUCGGUACAUGCUAGAGAAAGACCCUGAACAGAUGUUCAAUUGGGCCAAUCAUGACGGCAAGAGUGGUCUUGAAGUCAUUCUAGUCAUCAUCGAUCGUCUGCUCGGUCCUUCGGUCGACGAUAAUGCCGCUGGUGAGGUUGGUGGUCUUGCUGCCGCUUUGGUGGAGAAGGCUGGAUCCGAUAGACUCGGUCCGUACCUGGCACAGUUGUUAAGUGCUGUCGCCCACAGACUCAGCACUGCAACGCAGACACAAAUCAUCCAGAGUUUGAUCCUUGUAUUCGCAAGACUGUCCCUGCUUUCGGCCAGAGAAGUUGUGGACUUCCUCGCUCAACUCGCUAUCGGCGAAGAGAACGGUUUGCAGGUCGUGUUGACAAAGUGGCUCGAGAACUCCAUCAACUUUGCCGGAUAUGAUGAGAUCAGACAGAACAUCAUCGCCCUUUCACGCCUCUACGACCUUCAUGACCCCCGCCUCGACACAGUCCAAGUCAAAGGCGAUAUGAUCAUGCCGACCUCCACACGCAUCAUGACUAGAAGCCGUGCUCGCGCCAACCCCGACCAAUACACCAUCAUCCCCGCCCCGCUCAAGAUCGUCAAGAUUCUCGUAGACGAACUCCUCUCCAACAACGUCUCUCGUAGUGUCGAGACCCUCGCCCCAGCAUCCGAGCUCGAAAAAGCAGAAUCAGUCGGUAGCGGUGACUCUGAUUGGGAAGAUGAAGACGGGUUCUUGGAUUUGGGCGCUGGUAUGACUAAGGAAGCGUUGAUGGGUAUGGUCGCGGAUGAUGCGCCUAGUAGGGGCAGAGAUGAUGAGACCCAGAACUUCUUGCUGCAGUGGUUUGGAGCCAAAUCUCAGGAAGAAGGCUUCGGAACGGUCUUUGGACAGUUGUCUGCCAAUGAGCAAGAGAAGUUGAGAUCUAUGGCAUGA